AUUCAAGCAAUGGUUAACUAGUUAAGAUAAUCGGAAACAAAAGCUGUACAGCGUCCUGCUAAAAAUAAACUUACAAUCUAGAUAAAUUGAGUAAACAAGUAAAAUAGUUAUAGAGCUACAUAUCCAAAAGGGAACAUAUGAAGUAAAACAAGCCGCAAAGUAGCACAGAAAUAUAUGGUACUACAAAUCAUUACUAUGGAAAGAAUCAAUAGUUUCUUUAUUAAAGAUUAAAAUCUGAUAGCUACAGAGGGCACUUUAAGUCAAAUGUUGGCCAUCCAAACAUUCACCCUUGUGCCUUUCUGCCAUUUAAAUCCUAAAGAAAAUAAAAGCUUCCAUUAUCACACGCUGCUCUACGUUUACCUUUCAUUUGUUAGAAGUGAUCAAUAAAGAUGCAUUUAUGGCUGGAAUGGAAUCAACCAUGAUUUGCCAAAGCUUAAUUUAGCAAAGUAAAAAAAAAAGUCAACUAAUGCAUUGUAAAAUAAUAAUAUAGAUCCAAAUGCAAAACCAAACGAUAAAUUUUACAAUUAGGCAUUUUAGGUUCUGAAUCAGUGGAUACGCUGCUGCAACUUGUUCAUAUAGUGGUCAUGCAAAAUUCCUUUUAAACAUGUUAGAAAAUUGGUCUUUGAACUCACUUUUUUAUAAUGAUACAUUUGGCUUAUUGACCGUUGACAAUAACUAAUAAUACAUUUAAAACACAGCUUGCUUAAUUGUUGACGCCAUUUCUAAACUCAUUACCAUUGUAAAUCUUUAACCAAGUGAACAGGCUCAGCCAGUACAGGUUAAUUUCAAGCCAUCACCUGCUAACCAAUCCCUAAUGAAGGACAAGUGACUCAUAGAACACAAAACCAGAACCGGAUGAGCCUGUUUAUUGUGAAUCAGUGUGGUCAAUCAUUUCUAACACAUCAUCACUUCAUUCACUCACCUCUUCCUUACAUAGUGAGUAUGAAUGCUGCUUCACCUGCUUUCAGCUCAGGGUGACCAAACAGCGAGGGGGAGCUGAUCCAUGUCUAACAUGGCUAUGAAGAUGGACAAUCAAACCAAAAUGACAGCACUCUAAUAACUGUCAAAGACAGCCUGGAAUGGCUUUGCAGUCUAAGUGGUGGAUGUCACUCAUCAAACUGAAAAAACAAAAAAACACCAAGGCCUGGGGAGAUUGAUACAUAGUUCCAAGCUGUAAUUAUAGGAGUAACAAUAGCUAGUAAUUCCUUACAGACUACAUGGAAAAAUGUCUGACGAGUCUUCUCUUCUAAAACAUUUCCAAAGUUCAUCCCAAACCACUCGUUAUAGCCAAAGCAAGAUGUAGAAAGUGCAAAGUGUGAUCUAGUCAGGAUGUGCGCCUCCAGGUAAUAAACCCUGAUAUAUAUUAUUUCUUUAAUCUGUCCACUAUUUCCAUAUUCUCUUCUUCUAGUUGGGUCUUAUGGGGAUCCACAACCUUCCCUGCUUUCAUUUUCACUUUACAUUUCCUCCUGCGUUUUCUUUUUGCUUUUGUAAGAAGUAGUCACAUGUAUUUAAAACAAAAUGCACUUGCUGACUCUAUUACUGCCUCCUCCAGGUUUUUCAGUGGCCUCGGGGUGGGGGGUAACAGGGAGGAACAAGCUGAGCUUUGUAAGCGGUGCUCCCCGGGCCAAUCACACUGGUGCUGUGAUUAUCUUACGCAAGGACAGCGGAAGUCAACUUAUUCCAGAGGUCACUUUAUGGGGAGAGACCCUGGCUUCAUCCUUCGGAUACUCAGUUGCUGUAGAGGAUUUGAACAACGAUGGGUAAGCUGAUUUUAUGUGAACAAUGUAAACCGUUGACAUGUUCGUUUUUACCUUCUGUUUACAAUGGUAAAGAGCUUGAAGGAUCAGUAUGGUCAAAUUAGUUCUGGAUUAAGCAGUAUGAGACAGAAAAACACAAAACUUUGUAGGCCAGUACAAAUUGUUAAAACAUUUACCAUAGACACAGAUAGCACAAAGAAAAUCCGCCAGAUAUUGAUCAAAGAGUUUUUUAGAUACAAGUAGUGGCGAAGCAAUCCAAAGCAAUACAUUUUCAUUUCCAAACAUUUCAGCAAUGCUAAGGCGUGUGCACUGCUAAACAGUGAAAAGCAUGACAUGUGGCAUAAUGUGAAUAUCACCAUUACAACUAAGUUAUUUGUUAAGGAAAGAGAAAAACAGUACCAUUCAAAAAAAUAAAAAGAAUGAAAGUUUUUAGAAAAACAUGUAACGCAUCAGAGCAUUAGUUCACAAAAACAUGUCUAUACAAAUAAAAAUGAAAGAAAAUAAAUAAAUAUGUCCCGGUUGAUUCAGUGUUUGUAGUCUGCAACCUCCAUGAAUUGGUUGGGCAGUGCAAAUGGCCAGCUAAAUUUCUGUUCAUUAAAUGCCUUAUUCCCUUAAAAUGGACUUAUAAGAUCACUUGCAUAUUUGAGAAGAGAAUGCCAAAUGUUUAUCCAUGAGUAUAGAGUUGAUUGAUUUUAUACUGAUUACCUUUCCUGGCUUGUGAUAAAGUAGAUUUUUUAAUAAUAAUAAGAGGCAAAGCAGUUUAGACAUGGAAAAUUGCCAUAUAUGGUUUCCCAUAGAAUAACAUUCUCUUCCGUAGUAAUAAUCUGAUUUAACAAAUCUUUCUGUCACAUUUUUAAGAUGUUUUCAAGUGUUCCUAGAUUCUGUACUCAUUGUUGACCUUAUUCUCCCCCUAAGUAGGUUUUUCCCAUCCCUUUCCUCCAUUUUUUUACAUUCAUGGAUUAACAAAUCUUUCAUAUGAAUUAUUUUUAAAUUAGUAAUAUCAUAUAUCUAAUUACAUCUCCCUUUAACUGGUUCUAUCCAUUUCACUACCACUGUUUUCUUAUCUCAUCUUGUCUGAUAUUAAUUUAUUAGAGGAAAACGCUUUCUCUUUUUGAUUAUGUAAAAUAAAUACAAAAUAAGAGAUUGUAGCCUUGGUGUGUGUUCGUGUGCAAAGCAUACAUGUAAACACUUCUAUUCAGUAUAUCUCCUGGCUUAUCCUUCCUUCAUGGAAGCAGCAUUUUGAAGUCCUCAUAGGUUCAAAGCACAGUUUAUUUGACAAAGAAAACUGUGCAGAUAGAACUGGUAUGAUUUCAUGAGUAUGACAUCAUGAUGAAGUAUCGAGUAUCUUAAAAAUGCAUGCUGGCUGUUUUCAGACAUUCAAAUUUGACAAGGAAGAUAAGUGGUGCUUCUAACGAAAAACAAACAGUUAAAAUGGCUGCUUCCACAGAGCAAUGGUAAACUAGGAGAUUAACUAAAGACAUUUAUUAACAAACAACACUACAAAAUAAUAGACCAAUACGCUAUAUAAUAAUAAUAAAAAUGACCAUUUGCCUUUAACAUUGCUUCAAGGAUAGGUAUUCUUAAACAAAAUACAUUUAUUUUCAUAUGUGGGAUUAUACAGAGAGGCAAGAAUGUCUAUAUCCAGGGGCUAUCCAAAAUAUUUGGUAAUUCAAGACUGUGAAAUGAAUGACAUUAUGACAAUCUCCUUGAGAACAAAAUACAAAAAGACAUGACAUUUUUUGUUUCUGUGUAGCAUAGCAGUAUGGUUGGUUGCUUGGUUUGGGAAAGCCUGGUACAUAUUAAAACACCUGUCCUACAGUGGACUACAGCUGGAAUUGUGUCCAUUGAAAUUGAAUAUAUCAUUUAUCAUAGAUAAAUUAAUGUUGAAAAGUCCCCUUUGGGCACAGAAACCUGAAAUAUCACAUGUACACAACCAUCCCAGAGUUCCUAACUUGAGCACAGACAGGUAUGUUGUUUCAGACUUCAACUUACAUUUCUGCAGGUAGCCUUAAAAAUGGGCGCUGAGCAUUAUUCAGCCUGCUAAGUACCACAUUAUUGCUAUUACUCUAAUGAUCGUAGAAGUGUGUAGCCCCAUUCAUUUGGAUGUGCGCCGCUGGGUUUUAUAAUUUUAUCUUUUUAAAAAGGCAAAGAGCCACAUGUAACAAAAACCGUUACAUGACUCAUAAUGCUUUUAUCUGACUGAGAAGGUGCUGUUUUCAGGAUGUAUAAAAUACGUGUAAGCGAUACUAGUCUGGUAUACACCUCCUUAGGUAUAUAAAAAAAAAUGCACAACCUAUGUACACCUUUUCAUGCAAUGCUUUUGGUUUAUACAAUAUGUCCAUGGAUGUAUAAGAUUAUAUGUUUGUCACUACUGCAUUUACAAAAAUAAAGAAUUAUAAAACAAUAAAAAUAAAAAGGCAAAGAGCUACAGGAAAUUUUGUCACACUGACUGACAUUUGUUUUUAGAAUUCUUUGUUUCUUCUUGUGGAUGUCCACAUCUGCUUAAAUAAACAGGACAUUGGAGAAUAUUACAUCUGACACAUAAUCUAUGAAACAUAAAAGUCACAGCCAACCCAGGAAACAUGCAUGCACAUACACUGUGCCUCUCUUUUAUAAUCCAAUAAUAAAAUACAAAACUAAGGAGAAAAAAGGAAAGGACAACAAACAAAAGAAAAAAAUUGAUUUAUUUGUAUUCAUUUACAAAACUAAAGCUCAACAAUGUAUAUAUUGUAAUUUAAACAAACGUAACUUACAAAAUAUAUAAAUAUUUUAAAUCCCUAUUAAAUCAUGUUUUUCUUCCAACCACUAUUUAGUUGGACAGACGUGCUGGUGGGUGCCCCUAAUUACUUUUCACGCAAGGAGGAAAUCGGUGGUGCGGUUUAUAUCUAUAUGAAUAAAGAUGGGAAACUGGACAGCUCUCCUCCUCUACGGCUUAAUGGGACUGAUGGCUCAAUGUUUGGAAUUGUUGUCAGUAGCUUGGGAGACAUGAACCUGGAUGGAUACAAAGGUUGUACAUCACAAAGCAAUAAACUCUACUGAUUGAAAUUUUGAACCAAAUUGCUCAGUUUGAUUACAACAGUCAAAAAUAAUGAAUUCAACUGUUGACCUUAUUAUCCUCAGUUUGUGCAUAUUCAUUUUGCCUUCAUCAACAACAUGGAGUAUAAUAAUUCAGCUAUUUGUAUAAUAAUUCAUCUGAGUUUAAUCUGUAAAGUGAAAUUAACUCAUAAGCAGGUUUGAAGAUUAUUUUAAGAUUUUAAUUGUAAUUUCAGAACCUAAUAGUGCCACUUGCUGCAAAACCCCCAAUCAGAAACACAUUAUCUACUCUAUCUGCUACUAAAUAAUAUAUGUGGUCAUACGGGUGCCUAAGCUAACCUUUACAUGAAAUAAAAAAUCCUCUAAAAUUCUGGAUCCAGAACUCUAUACAACUAUACAUAAUUUUCUCUGCAAAAUCUUUUCAUUUUUGCCAGCGCUGCAAAACUCACUAUAUGCGUAUCUCUAAUGAUGCAGCCAUAUUUGUUUAAAUAAAUAUAAGGAUAAGGCAAAACUUUAAUGUCUAUGCAACAGUCUGUUACAUUUUAAAAAUAAAAAUUGGCCAAUUUGAAAUAUUGUUUGCAUGUCUAAUUGUUUUAUUUCUUUAAAUGCAGAUAUUGCCAUUGGAGCACCAUUUGAUGAUAAUGGCAAAGUCUUUAUUUAUUUUGGGAGCCGAACGGGAUUAAUAACGAAACCAGCACAGGUAAAAAAAUAUAUAUAUAUGAUAGGUCUGAAUAAAUAAUCUGCACACACAUUGCUGUUUUGGUAGACGGAGAAUGGAGUACCAAAGGGACUGGGAAAUAGUAUAGUCUGAGCAGUGUCGUACAUACCAGGGUCGCAGGAGUCGCGGCUGCGACCGGGCCCGGCCCACCAGGGCGCCCGGCCGCCCCUGCGACCCGGUAUGUACCCACAGGGCCAGCCUCUUCUCCUGGGGGGCUUCCUCUUCAGCUCCCUCGCGCGCCGCAUAGGGAUGCCGGCGCCGGAAGAUGACGUCAUCUUCCGGCUCCGGUAUCAGUGCGGUGCGCGAGGGAGCUGAAGAGGAAGCGCACAGAGGAGAGUGCUCCCUCGCGCGCCGGCCACCCACCCAGACAGCCCGCCUGCCCAGCAACACCACUGGACCCCAGAGAAUCCCCCCAGCACUCCAAAAACUAAGGAGGCUGGGGGGAUUAAAUUUAAAAAAUAAUGUGUGUGUGUGUGUGUGUGGGUUAGUGUGUCUGUUAGUGUGUGUGUGUUUGUGUGUGUGUGUUAGUGUCUGUGUCAGUGAGUGUGUCUGUUAUUGGGUGUGUUUCUGCUAGUGAGUAUGUUACUGUGUGUGUCUGUUACUGAGUGUGUUUGAUGUCUGUUAGUGAGUGUGUGUUUGUCAGUGAAAGUGUAUGUUUUGUAAGUGAGUGUGUAUGUAUGUCUUUCGCUGAGUGUGUCUCUGUCAGUAAAUGUGUGUGUCUGUUAGCUAGUGUGUAUGCGUCUGUUCAUGAGAGUGUGUGUGUGUGUGUGUGUCUUCAGCCUUUACCUUUCUCCAGCGUCGGACUCCCUUGGCGCUGGGGAUCCCUCCGCCUCUCAGCUCCGAAUGCACAUGCGCGGCAAAAGGCGCGCGCACGCAUUUAAACCGCCCAUAGGAAAGCAUUACUCAAUGUUUUCCUAUGGACGUUCAGUGUCUUCUCACUGUGAUUUUCACAGUGAGAAUCGCGGAAGCUCCUCUAGCAGCUGUCAAUGAGACACCCACCAGAGGCUGGAUUAACCCUCAGUGAAACAUAGCUGUUUCUCUGAAACUUCUAUGUUUUCAGCUGCAGGGUUAAAACUAGAGGGACCUAGCACCCAGACCACUUCACUGAGCUGAUGUGAUCUGGGUGUCUGUAGUGGUCCUUUAAGUGUGUGUGCAUACCGCGGUCCCAGGGUUGCAGCCCUGCAACCCCUGCGACCAGGUGCCCACCGCCAUGUGUUGCGGCCCCGACCCGCGCCGAGUUAUUCGGCGCGCGCGGGGAUCCACGGAUCAAUUUUCGCACCGGGGCCUCAUGGGUCAUGUGUACGCCACUGAGUCUGAGUGAAGUGUCAGCUGUCUUCCAGACUCUGACAGCACUAACAGGACCCCUGACGUGCCAGGUCGGGCAAAACGCGCGCGCCAGGGGUCCUGUUAGUGCUGUCUUGACUGAUUUUCUAACAGCACACAGACUUGCCACCGUGCUUAUUUCUUAUUUUUUCCACUCACCUACGGAGCUGUCAUGCUCGUUUGUAUAGGGAUUUUGUGCUUCUAGCCUAGUGUGGGAUUAGCAAUAGGUGCCCUUGAAGGCACGGGAGGAAAGUUUCAGAGCUGUCUGCUUACUUUAGUUGCAUGUAAUUAAUUUGCUUUAGUACUUGCUUUCCUGGGAUUGAAGGGGUAUUAUUUAUAGGUGCAUUUGAAGGCACGGGUAGAUAACUACUGAGUGCCUGAUAUUGAAAGCAUUACCAGCAUUAGGUGCCUGUUAAAGCACAUGAAGCAAAGUGCUGAGUGAUUUUACAAGAAAUAUGGAUCGAAUUUGAUUACCUCAGACCCUCCUAAUGUCUCAGCACCACCAGUCUGUUAUCUAACUCUAGCAAUUCCAAUGAACAUGACCCAUUAGUAAUUAGAACACAACCAUGGGGGCAUUGUGUAACCCCCUUCCAUAUAGUCAGAUAACUAUAUGGUGAUUUACUUAUGGUUAAGUAUAACUUUUGCUCUGACUAAGAAUUUCGUUGUUUUCCCCCCUUCCCUUCUCCCGCUAUUGACAUUCCAUUGCUUCACCGAUAUAUUGAGACAUUUACCCUGGCACAAACGUGUGCAUGGGUAUUCCCUUUAAUUAUCUGCAGUUUUUUCACAUUAUGAUCCCUCAACAGGUAGUUUUGGAUAUAUUUACUGUUGAUAGUUUUGAGUAAGAUAGUAUUCACCGCACUCGGUGAUUAUUUGACGAUACUAUCCACUUACCUACGUUAUACCUGUUGAUGAAUACACUUUUGUACACGAGCACCACUGUAUAUAAGUUUUUUCACAUUGGGUUAUUUUACUAUGUAAUUUUACUAUUUAAAUAAAAUGUAUUUAUUUUCUUUAUUUUGGUUCUGAGUCUGGAAGACAGCUGACACUUCACUCAGGCUAUACUAUAUCCCAGUUCCCUUUGGUUCUCCAUUCUCCAUUCUCCGUCUACCUUUAUAGUUUUCACUUUGGGGUUACCCCUUGUUAUUAGAGUACUAGUUGGACUACUGGCUUGUUCUUAUCUUUUUCUUUUCACAUUGCUGUUUUGUUCUACAUGUAUGUGUUAGCUAUGCAUCCCAUGUUUCAAAAAAUAGUAUUUAUUUCAUAACUCAUUAAUGAAGGCUUCAAAGCUUUCACGAUAAGCACACAUCAUUUUGUGUUUUAACAGGUUAUGUCUGCCUUUUAUCUUAUAUAUAUAUAUAUAUAUAUAUAUAUAUUUCUUGACUUGAUUCUGUUGUACUCCAUAGUAUAACUCUUUUCAUUCUUAUGUGCAAUCUCAUUUAGCAAAUCCCAUAUCUCUUGUCUUCCUUUCCACCACUCUCCUUUUAUUGUGUAAGGUUUUGGAUGGAAUUGGAGCUGGAGUGAGGACGUUUGGAUACUCACUCUCUGGAGGACUAGAUAUUGACGGAAACUCAUACCCCGAUCUUGCAGUAGGAUCCCUUUCUGACACAGUGGUCCUAUACAGGUGAGUUUGAGUGUUUAAUUAAAGGGACACUAUUGUUACCAGAACAACUACAGCUUAAUGUAGUUGUUCUGGUGAGCAUAAUAGUUCCCUUCAGGUUUUUGUCAUGUAAACACUGCCUUUUCAGAGAAUUUGGCUGAAUUUUCCUCAUAGAGAUGCAUUGAUUCAAUGCUUCUCUAUGAGGAGGUCCUGAUUGGCCAAAACGGCAUUUGGUCCUGCCCUGUGCCGAUUUUAGCCAAUCAAAUGCUUUUUCUAUGGGAAAGCAUUGCAUUGGCAAAAAAUCGACCAUUUUGAUGAUAUCACAAAGGGGGCAGAGCCAGCGCCGGUGGACCCACGCGGCGCUGGAAAUAAUGUGAGUUUUAAACUUUUAUAGGGGGACAAAAGGGGGGCAAGCCACCUAAAUGGUGGGUUAAACACUAUAGGGUCAGGAAUACAUGUCUGUGUUCCGUACCCUAUAGUGUUCCUUUAAAUACAAGAUUGUUUUACAAGUUCUGAGAAAUCUGGCUCGAUCACAGUGUUUAGGUUUGAUCACAAUGUUCACCAUUCUGAUGUCUUCUCAUGAACAGCAUUACGACAAUUAGAUAUGUUGUGUUUUUUCCUUGUCUUUCCUUGUUAACAUAUAAAAAAAACUGUCUUUACAUUGUAUGAUUAUAUUUAUAUUUGUUGAAUUAAAGUAUAGGAAAAAUAUUGCUUAAAAUUGAGAUGUGUGAAUGGUUGACCUGUAGAACCAUGUAAUCAUACAUAUUUAUGAUUAGAAUCCAGCGCAAUGCAUAUAAAGCUACAAACUGUUAUAUAUAUAUGCAACUUGAUAACUAGUGGUUAGAAACUAGACUAUACUCUCCACAGACUCUGUCUAGGCUGCAUCAGACAAUAAUUAGCUCAAAUUUGUGAGGAUAUUUAGGGGGUGAUAAAUAUUAAAAAUAAUAUUUCCAUAAAAAUUAUCAAAAAUUAAUUGAAUAAUUGUUAUUAUAUAAAAAACUGAUAAAUUGGCACUGUUCCCCUUUAUUAAUUAAAAAUUAGAGCUACCCACUAUUUUUUAACUCUUAUCGACCCUGGAGUACAUUUUAUUAGAGGAUUUGUAUUUCACACAUUAAUCACAAACUAAUUAUAAAAAUAUAAUUGAUUGUGACAAUAAUAAUAUUAUGCAACAUGCGUGACAAUAAUCAGUGAAUAUUUAGGUAUAACUUAAUUGUACAAUAUGGCAAUGGUUUUGACACAAUUACAGAUAGCUCAAUAGCAACAUCUCCACAUAGAUGCAAAUUUCAACAAGAUUUACGACUAGAGAAUUUCUUUGAAAUCAGCUAUGCAAUUCUUAACACAGAACACAGCAUCUCACAGCCUCACACGACAGCACACACCGCAUAUGGCCGUAAAAACUUUUCUCUGUCUGUCUGAAUCACACUGAAUUAACUCACUCACUGCUGACUACAAUUCUCGCGGGCAAAAUACCUUUUAUAUUGCAAUGACAAAAUACAAUAUUUCUCAUACCAGAUCAGUUAAUCAUUCCUUCUCAUCCAAUAACCAAUAAGAAUAAUUCUAACCAGAUUUUAUGUUUGCAGAAUUUUAACUUUCCUAUUUAAAGACUAUCCCUAAAUCCAGAUAAGUCAAUAUCUCUGGUUAAUAGAUGAUAUGCUAUUUUUGGCAAAUUACCAGUAAAUAUAUUGGUUUUUAUUCCUUCUGCAGUAAGGAACUUGGAACAGUAUAUUUCAUUAGCUAGCUAUGAUUUCAUAAUAGUUGAAAUCUGACCAGCCUUUUUAUCCAGGUAUAUUUCUGUUUUUAGUAAAAUUAAUUAUUUCAAAUUAAAUUAAAUUAAAUUACAUAAAACCAGCAUAAUUACCAGUUUCUUUUUGUAGAAUUUCCUUUAGGCUUGGAGAUAUGUUCCAGAAAUUGUGAAUGCAAGUUUGAAUAAGAAUUGUGGGAAAUAAGAAUUUCAAAGUUAAGUGUUAGUUGGAACAGAUACAGAAAGUUAGAUGUGUCAGCCUUUUUGCUCCGAUCUCAGACCCAAGAUCCUCCUCUCUCCUUUGUCCUUAAUUUUUAAAGGAGAAUCUUUACAUCAUUAGUUUCAAUGACCAAUCGAGUAAGGCAGGCGUGUCUUCCCUACAGGCUAUCAUCUAGAUUUUGGUCAGUAGAUGGCGUGAUAGCACCACAAGAAAUUCUUGUCAGGAAUUCCAAUUAUUUGUGUAAGGGGUUAACUGAAUUUCGUGAUGCAGCUGACUUCAUUUUUUGUUAUCUUUACGAUACCCGUCCAUAAAAGACCUGUCAGUCUUCAAAGUCUUUUCUCAGCCUGACUGUCUCGUUUUGGUCCAUAAAAUUAGAAUUUUGACACAUCUAGCCUUGGUUUCACCUUCUUAAUACAAUGGAACUUUGUAGCAGAUCCUUAAUAUUUAAAAAGUAAAAUUAAUUACUUUUAAUGUUAUCUGUCAUUUGUAAUCCUUUGUCUUGUUUCUGUUUGAAACUAUGUGUGUAGCACAUAUUAAUAUGACACAUGUGAUAUAUAUAUAUGUCUUUUACACACAUUCAGAUUGUGUUAGUUUAAUAAUAUGACAUUUCUUCAUUGGCAUUCUAUCCAUGAAUAUUCAAUAUUAUUAAUAUAGGUACUAUUUAUAUAUAAUUAAAUAUAAUUAUAGUUAGUUAUAUGUGGAUAUAUAUAUAUAUAUACAUAUAUAUAUAUAUAGAGAGAGAGAGAGAGAGAGAGAGUGUCUACUAUAUAUAUGUGUUUCUGGGCUGUUGUUUUUGCUUUUCAACCCCCUUCUUGUAGAGAGUCUUAACUCUGGCCAGUGUUUACAUUAGACGCAUUCCUUUGCACAGGGUUGAAUGAAUAGAAUACACAGAAGUAAAAAUGUGUCUGUUUUUGCAUUGUGAUACAAAAUGGAGUCACCUCUGCUUCAAUGGUGAUUUACAGUAUACAUUUUUAAUUUCUAUCUUAACACAAAAUGUCUGCCAGUGGAAAUAUACUGACACAUUGUAAUAACAAAAUUGUAUGUCGUGCAUGUCUCCUAGCUGAACACAAAGAGCUAAUAUAUAUAUGCAAUAAUGAACUGGGGCCAAAAGUUGGCCAUUCCAUUAUUUUUACCUUGGAGGGCAGUUUUCUCUCCUCCUUGAUGUGAGUGGACGCAGUGUGGGCAGUUAUAGAGGGUUACUGCUUACUACGUGGCCCACUGGUAAUUCAGCUCUGGAGUACAGUAGAUGAGUUUAGACCAAGGAAGUAGUGUGGACCUCUAUACUCCCUCACGAAGUUGCAUAGGACCUUAUAAACAUUUGCCUAGUUUUCCAAUGGACAGUCCAGGCCUGCAUGUAUACGGUGUUUCCUGUUUACCAGCAUAGUGGUGGCAACCUUUAGGAUUAAGUCUUACAGAUUCAUAACCUGUGCUGAGUUAGUCUUUCACCAUAUCUUCAUCUGAUUCAGGUCACGCAAUGUUAUUCGUCUCCACAAAGAUGUCACCAUUAACCCACAACAAAUUGACUUGGAGCAACAGACUUGCAAGCAUACUAAUGGGAUCUGGUGAGUGCAUAUCAGUUUAUUGAAAUAAUGUCCAUGUUGCUGCAUUUCACUAUCUUCUCAUCUCAUUGCUUUCUCAACCCUUUAUUUUACGCUAAUCCUUUUUAUAACUUAGAUAAAAAAUGCUCAUCUUUAAAUCAAUGCUGAGUAGUUUAUUUUGUUUUAUGCUAUGUUCUACACUUAUACAAAUAGCACACAAUAAAUUAUUAAUUAUAAACCUAGUACAUCAGUGAAUUUAUAGUGCUUAAAGUGUCAAUGUGGGUGGAAAACUUGCUUCUUAAUUUUGUAUAAUAAGUUUAACUCAUGAUAUUAAUUUUUAUAUUUUUUGUUUUUCAUUUUAUACAUUUAUUAUUUUCUUUUUAAUCCCAGUCAUAAUUAAAGUAUCCAUGAAUAUUAAUACUGUCUAAAACCUCUCUGUACUCUUUUUUUCAGUGUGGACUUACGAGCAUGUUUCAGCUACACUGCACAACCCCAAACAUACAAUCCUAGGAUUAGUAAGUAUGCCACUUCAUGCUUGCUGAACUACACUGAGUUUGUGCUUUGACCCGGUUGUGUUCCAGAUUAUACCAUUCGUUUCUACUUGUAUAGUCGUAUGUAAUUUUCUCAUGAAAUAUGUGUGAUCUUACCCAUUUUUAGUUGGUUUAACCCCUUAAGGACACAUGACUGAAAUUUUCCGUCAUGAUUGCCUUUUAUUUCUGAAGCUGUGUCCUUAUUAAAUGUGUCAGGGAUGGUUGAAAAAAAAAGUUGUACUUUAUUACAAGUGGUGCAGAAUCACUUCAUGUGCACAAACAACAUUCCACUCCAAAUAGUUCUGCUUCACCGUCAAAUCUAAUAAGUACAUUGAUUCUCUUACAGUCAGCAGUACCUUAAUGACCAAACUAUGAAUAUAAAAAUGGAAACAUGUAUACCUCUGAAACAGAAUUUGUUUUUUACAAAAAAUAUGUACCAUAUAUUAUAGGUAGCCACUGAACAGAAGAAACACUUUCUGUGUGCUCAAAGCCUGAAUGUUAAUAUAAACUCAAUGACUAAGGAGAUGAAAACAUAAAGACAUAUAUGAGAGAACAGAGGUCUUCUUGCAAUUAUCUCAUGUUGCGCAAUGAUGUAACAGCAGAGUGAUACAAACCAUAGCAAGAGAGAUAGGAUAAAAAAUACAGAUUUUUCAUACACUUCCUGUAUACGUUCUCUAUUAGGAUUAUGAAACAUCUAAAUAAGAGUAGAAAAAAACCAAACAACAGAGUUGUCCAUCCAUUCAGAAUUAUAAAACAUAACUUUUAUUAGAUAUUAAAACCAACUUGCCAAAAAUCAUACCAUACAGUACAAUAGUUAUAAGGCGAUGUCAGUCACAGGAGAAUAAUAUAUCAUGCUGCUACUACAUGAACCAUCAAUAAAGGACAGAAGGAGAAUAUAUAAAGGAAAAAAAAUAAUCAAUAAAUGAAAUAAAAGUAAUUAUGAAUUAAUACAGGAUAAAUACACUGUGUAUACAAAGUGACUCAAUAUAUAGUUACGCCAGUAAGAUUAUUAAGUAAAUACAGGGAGUGCAGAAUUAUUAGGCAAGUUGUAUUUUUGAGGAUUAAUUUUAUUAUUGAACAACAACCAUGUUCUCAAUGAACCCAAAAAACUCAUUAAUAUCAAAGCUGAAUAUUUUUGGAAGUAGUUUUUAGUUUGUUUUUAGUUUUAGCUAUGUUAGGGGGAUAUCUGUGUGUGCAGGUGACUAUUACUGUGCAUAAUUAUUAGGCAACUUAACAAAAAACAAAUAUAUACCCAUUUCAAUUAUUUAUUAUUACCAGUGAAACCAAUAUAACAUCUCAACAUUCACAAAUAUACAUUUCUGACAUUCAAAAACAAAACAAAAACAAAUCAGUGACCAAUAUAGCCACCUUUCUUUGCAAGGACACUCAAAAGCCUGCCAUCCAUGGAUUCUGUCAGUGUUUUGAUCUGUUCACCAUCAACAUUGCGUGCAGCAGCAACCACAGCCUCCCAGACACUGUUCAGAGAGGUGUACUGUUUUCCCUCCUUGUAAAUCUCACAUUUGAUGAUGGACCACAGGUUCUCAAUGGGGUUCAGAUCAGGUGAACAAGGAGGCCAUGUCAUUAGAUUUUCUUCUUUUAUACCCUUUCUUGCCAGCCACGCUGUGGAGUACUUGGACGCGUGUGAUGGAGCAUUGUCCUGCAUGAAAAUCAUGUUUUUCUUGAAGGAUGCAGACUUCUUCCUGUACCACUGCUUGAAGAAGGUGUCUUCCAGGAACUGGCAGUAGGACUGGGAGUUGAGCUUGACUCCAUCCUCAACCCGAAAAGGCCCCACAAGCUCAUCUUUGAUGAUACCAGCCCAAACCAGUACUCCACCUCCACCUUGCUGGCGUCUGAGUCGGACUGGAGCUCUCUGCCCUUUACCAAUCCAGCCACGGGCCCAUCCAUCUGGCCCAUCAAGACUCACUCUCAUUUCAUCAGUCCAUAAAACCUUAGAAAAAUCAGUCUUGAGAUAUUUCUUGGCCCAGUCUUGAUGUUUCAGCUUGUGUGUCUUGUUCAGUGGUGGUCGUCUUUCAGCCUUUCUUACCUUGGCCAUGUCUCUGAGUAUUGCACACCUUGUGCUUUUGGGCACUCCAGUGAUGUUGCAGCUCUGAAAUAUGGCCAAACUGGUGGCAAGUGGCAUCAUGGCAGCUGCACGCUUGACUUUUCUCAGUUCAUGGGCAGUUAUUUUGCGCCUUGGUUUUUCCACACGCUUCUUGCGACCCUGUUGACUAUUUUGAAUGAAACGCUUGAUUGUUCGAUGAUCACGCUUCAGAAGCUUUGCAAUUUUAAGAGUGCUGCAUCCCUCUGCAAGAUAUCUCACUAUUUUUGACUUUUCUGAGCCUGUCAAGUCCUUCUUUUGACCCAUUUUGCCAAAGGAAAGGAAGUUGCCUAAUAAUUAUGCACACCUGAUAUAGGGUGUUGAUGUCAUUAGACCACACCCCUUCUCAUUACAGAGAUGCACAUCACCUAAUAUGCUUAAUUGGUAGUAGGCUUUCGAGCCUAUACAGCUUGGAGUAAGACAACAUGCAUAAAGAGGAUGAUGUGGUCAAAAUACUAAUUUGCCUAAUAAUUCCGCACUCCCUGUAUGAAGGAUUGGUGAUUAGUAAACAAAAUAAAAUAUACAAUAAAAAGUGAUUUCCCUAGUAAUAUCAAUAUCUCCAGAUAAACAGAUGUCUGUUUGUACUUGCUAAGAGAUAAGGAUAUAUGUCAAUAUGCUAAAAAAAUUGCAAACAGACCAGAGAAGUAGCAUGCCAAACAUUCAGGUUGCUAAUGUUGAACUAUGUUUCAGCAAGUGGGGUCGAUAUCAUUAAAGGUAAGUAGUAUAUCAUGUCUAGCUAUUCUAAAUAUAAAUAUAUAUACAAGUGUUCAGCAAAGUCACGGUUUUUGCAACCAAAUCAAAAGAGUUGCUAAUUGUGUAUUUGCAUUGUUAAUACUUGUCAGUGUGUACUGAUACUGUGUCUGUGGACUGAUACUAAGGAUAAUGUGUUUUGAACAUCCACCUUGUAAACAACCACCAAUGUAUUCCUAAACCAUGAAAUACCCGGUCUCAGAUAAUACAUGGUACAUUAAUUAUCUACUCAAACUGAUUAACUGAUGUAAAAUUAAACUUUAACUCAAAUGACCCUAAUGGUUAACAAAGUAUCACAUUGAUGAUUUUGCACAAAGUUAAGUUAGCCUAGUUAGUUGGUUAGCCAUUUUUGUGAAGAUGCUUAAUUCAGUGUUCAUAAGUAGAUCUGCUUUAAUACUAGGGUUAUCGCUAAUAUUAAGUGAGAAGUGUAUCUCCUUUUUCAACUCUAGUUAUCACAGCAGUGCAUUGUUAGAUCACCAAUUAGCAGAGCAGCCAACUGUCUUUGUGAGGAUCUUAAGUUUGUGUACCAGCGUUGAUGUGUUCUGUCCCCCCCCAUUAGUCACCAUGUACAAAUUUGUAACUGCCUCUCCGUCAUUGUGUUGUGUCAUGUUUCUUAAAAAAUUAUUUCUGGUCAUGUUCCUUAUUAUAAACGCUACACCAUCUUGUUUACAACUAUUUUUACUGGAUCCCUCUAUCUCUUGUUUUUUUUCCAACUAAUUUAUUUAACCAUUCCUUUCCUUAUCCUAUUUUACAUCUUUCCUGUGCCCCGCUUAUUUUUUUUUCUCGUUUCCUCUAUAUUAACUGGAAUACAAACAACUGAAUGAAGAAUCUUUUCUAAUAAUUUUUAGCCUUGUUCUAUAGACAAGCUAAUGCUUGUUUAUGUAUCUAUCUAUAUAACAUUGCAAUAUCCCCGAUAUUACUUAUAUUUUCUUCUAUAGUUCUAAGGUACGUGUUUGAAGCUGAAGAAGAUAGGAGGCGUCAAGGGAAAUCAAGUCGGGUCUUUUUCUUAAAACGCCAACCCAGUGAUCCAGAUUACAAGUUCACUAGCACUGUUGAGCUUCCCAGGCAAGGCUCCAGCCACUGCGUUACAGCUACAUUCCAGCUACAGGUGACAUUUAUAAUAUUUGCUCUAUAAUAUUCUCGGAGAAAAUAAUAUUUCAUAUGUAGAAUACAAAGUAAUUCUUGCUGUUUAAAAUAUUUGUAAUACAGCUGUAAAUUAUAUAAUCUAUGCAUAAAUUGCUUGAAAUUUGUAUAUCUUUGCAGAUGAAAUGGGAUUUGUUAGCUCGUUAAGUUCUAAUGAAAAGAUAUACACAUAAAUAUUUAGAGUAUGCAACACCUUACCUAGCAUUCUCUCUAUUCUGUCCUGAAACUCAGUUAUUUUGGGACAGACCAGAAAGAAUGUUGAGUAUAUGGACAGGAUUUUAGAGACAGGGCUUCUACGGAGAAGAGAGGAAGGAUCAGUUAUGGUAGACAUCUUUGUACGAGCCCAUUAUACUAUUGGUGCUCAGUUUUGUUGCCUUUUUUUUUCCAGGAUGGUAUCAAAGACAAGCUUCGGUCUAUUCCAAUAGCUCUGAAAUGGGACAUACAUGAUGCACGAAAAAAAAGGCAAUCAUCAGUGGAAACAUUGCCUCCUCUCCUGCCUGUUCUCAGUAAUGAAGAACCAGAAAUCUACAACACAGAGGUGCAUGCUUAGGAUACACAUUGCAUGACUAAGAGAUCAAUUUCUAAAACAUGAGCUGACAUCUAACUUGCAACUUUUAAACCAAAUUUAUAGCAAAAAAACUGAGAUGGAAAUAUUCAACAUUUAAAUGGUUACUCCAAUUAUGAUAACCACUACAGCCCCUCAGAGACGCCUCUCCUGACGGGUAAUACUUGCAGGGCUGCAGUUUCCAGAAGCCAAUCCAGUCACGAUUCAUUGGCUGAGAGUGUCAGCUGACUGUUAUCAGCCAAAUUCUGCCAAACUGUGCAUGAAAAUUUGCAGAGAAUUGACAUUAGCCAGCUCAAAACCCUUGUUCUAGACCUGCUAAUAAUACCCCAUGACGCUGCCGGAGGUAGAGUUACACCACUGGCAGUCACGAGGUCAGUCUUGGCAUAUACAAUGUUUCAUAGUGAAUCACUGCACAUUCAGACUCCAUGCACCAUGACCACUUCAAAUCACUAAAGUGCUUAUGUAUUUGGAGUAACCCUUUAACCCCUUAAGGACCAAACUUCUGGAAUAAAAGGGAAUUAUGACAUGUCACACAUGCCAUGUGUCCUUAAGGGCUUAAAGUGAAACAAUAGACAAAAUUGUCUCCCUAUUUUUACGAUAUAUUAUAUACAUAAUACAUUUAAAACACUGCAAAAAAUGCAGUUAAAAUAAUAAUCUAAAUACAAAAUGUAUUCAGAGGCUGUAUUAAGAGGCUGUCUGGAGGAGCAGUCAGACCAUUCCUUAACCUGGAAGCGGCCCCAUCAUUCAGGAGCCUUUCAAUCAGGGCUGUGGAGUCUGAUCUCACCCCUUGAAUCCCUGCCCAUCGGAAUUGUAUUCGUUGCAAUGAUAGAAUGUUGCUAUGGUGAUUAGACUGACCCUUUAAAGAUUUUAAAUUGUAUUUUUCUACUAAAUGUUUGCAAAUUAACUGUCAGUUUACAGCAAGUCACUGAGUGGUAAAUGCCCCUACACUGGGGAUAGCAAAACAGCCCUUGGUACACCAUUCUCGUUUGUAAGGUGUAUUGCAAAGCAUUACAACCAAUCAACACAACACUUUACAACCAAUCAGCAGUAUAAUUUUGUUGUCAACAAAAAGAUGCAUUUUAAUUUAAUUGCACACGUAAUCACACACUAAAGUAGCUUAAGAGAUACUAGGGAUUCGUUUAGUGUUUGAAAUGCUUUUGACCGUUCAGUACACCGGUUGUAGGCAGUUGCUCUGCAGUUUGGUUUAUUUAAUUGAAUGUCACUCUCUCCAGGUGAACUUUCUCAGAGAAGGCUGUGGAUGGGACAAGAUCUGUCAAAGUAAUCUACAGCUGAAUUAUACCUUCUUUUCCCAUGUAGCCAAUGAGUUUACUCCACUCCCCAUGUGAGUAUACUGCCAGACUGUGUUUUAGGUGCAUACUAGGUAUGAUGAAUUCAGCAUAUCCCUUUUAUCCAAGUUCAGUUCUUCAAUAUGGUCUUCUGUAGGUAAUCCAAAUAGAAAAGGAAAUGAUCACAUUAUUUUUGAAGUGUGUAAGUAGGUUACGUUGCAGGGUACAUGGUAAAUCUGUGCAUUCUUACAGUUACAGAACGUGUUCCCAUGUUACACACAAGACACAUUAGUCCUAUACAUAGGGGCUCAAUAUGGCAUUAUUAUCUCUUGGUGUCACUGGCCAUGAAUCUCCUAUAACACCAUCCACUGCCCACUUCCAGACACUAUUAUCCCAAUGUACAAACUGGAUCUGGGGACAUGAAAGAUAUAGAUUGAGACUUUCACAACCAAAUCAAAGCUUUCAUCAACUGCAGUAUGACCAAUCAGAGAAAGAUAUUGACAAAGGGCAUCACUAUUUUAUAAAUAAGGGUGGCUUUCUUUUUUGAAAAGCUGUGUAUCAAUGUUUUGUUCCUGUAUGAUAAAAUAUUCACCCUGGACAAUGCCCAGAGACCUCUAUUUGAUAUGCAUGUGGCAAUCCAAACAUGUGACAUGCUUUGUGAGAAUGCAAUAUUUAACUUUCUCUAUGUUAAAUAUUAUUUUACUAGACAUAUCCCCUCACACAAUAAUGUAUCUAAUAUUAUAUACAAGUUCAACUGUAAGUUCUUCAGUUGACGGAUCUUCACCUUAGUAAACCAUGAUAAAUAUGACACAGUAACAUGAUUGUUUAUUAUAAAGGGGAUUAGGUUAAUUGUCAUACAUAUCCAUUUAUCUCUCUUCUGGUCUUCAGAUUAUACCAUGUUUUUAUUUGGGAAAGGUCAAUAAUGAAUAUUAUGAAGAAUGAAUAAUAAUAUAUGUUCCAUAUCAAUCCUUUAACUUUAGAGUUAAAUCCCUUAAAGUUAUAGUCCCAGAGAUUUUGGCUUCUUUGUAACAUACAGUAAAAUAUUUUCAGGGUUCCAAGCACCAGAUCAUUUCUAGAAGUCCUCCCUCUAAAUAUAUAAAUAGCAAACAGAACACGUUAUACGCCAUCACAUAACAAAACACCUUCCCAUAAAGUUGUAUGAAGAGUGCUCUCUAGGGGUAGAAUUACAAUCUGCAGGUUUUGCAUUUUUCUUGUCUCCUUCACUAGUAACCACCUCUUUCUUUCUUUGACAUUCCAGAGAAGGCAACCAUCCUGUGUUUGCAAUAAAUGAAACAAAAGACAUAGCCCUUAAGAUCGACAUCACCAACUUUCCAUCUGACCGAGAGAAUCCACAUCUUGAUGGUGAUGACGCACAUGAAGCUCAACUCAUUGCAACAUUCCCAGAUACUUUGGCCUACUCCGCCUUCCGUCUUCUGGUAGAGGGCACAGUACCAUCUACGGUAUGAAAAUAAUUCUAACCAUUUAUCAUUUCCAAGCACACAGCUUAUAACGCACUGCUUAUUGUGCUUCUAUUUAACUUAAUGCUACUCUACCUUGUACAAGCUAAAUCACAUUUACUAAUUGACACAAACUUAUUGGGUGUAGAAUCAGAGAUUAGAUACAUAUUUUAUGGCUUUGCCGAUUUGUGAUUGGAGUUUGGAAAAAACUCUUCACAAACAUGAAUCCUCUCGAAUUUUCUGCAGUCUAGUUAUCAUUAAAAAUGUAAUUCGUUUUCUCCUGCCUCUAUUAUCUUGGAAAACAGAGUUGCAGUCUUUUAUUAUACAUUUAUCAAAAGUUACAGAAACGAGGCUAUCGAUGGUGAAAAGACUGUACCUACCACAACAAUGCACUUUGUGCCAUCUCAGAAAGCAAUGCAUGUAUUUGUGUACUUCUAAAGCACAGAUACGAGCUGAAAACUAGUACAUCUAUAUGUUCGCCAGAAAUGUGGCCAGUACUUCAUAUAGAAAAUGCUUCCAUACUUACUGUUAUUUUUUGCCUCAUUUCCACUGAGCGGUAUGGUUCGAGUCGGUACAGUUCGGAUGGGUAAGAAUGGUCCAGCAUAUUCAGGUGAGCAUUCCCACUGCACGCCGGUUGGUUCGGUUGUAUGGGCCACUUUUAUAAAACACUCAAAAUAGCGUACCUCACCAUACCGACCCACCGCUUAGUGGAAACGGAGCAAAAGUGAUUGCUAAUGAUGGGUACCUGAGUUUGCAAAGUAGUGUUUAGAAUGUGGAGUCCCUGGGGUUAAUACAGGAUAUUGUGUGGGUAUAGCAGUGGCUGCAGGGCUUUCAUGUUUAAUGUGGCAAGUUUUGGAGUUCAGGCUGCAGGAACAAGGUUAAUACAGCAUGGUUUGGGGAUUAAUAUAGCAUGGUAGGGGGUUAAUACAGCAGAUAAAUCACUUAUAAAUAUAGGUCUAUAUAACAAUCUAAACUCAUUCAAAGAUUUGGAGUCAUAAUGCUAUUUAUAGAUUAUAUUAGGUUUUAGGGUUAGACAAGGCAUAUGGUACAGGGCAGGUAUUUAGGAAGGGCUGUAAUUGGAAGGAACCAUAUAAUUUAUCCUUGGGCUGAAGCCCUUUGACUUUUUGACAUCUACCAAUGUCUUGCACUAGUAGCGUAUUUAUGUGUGUAUGUGGCAGCAUAUGCAUGUUUGUGCUUUACUUUACAAUAAUAGUACUCGGAUUACCUCAUUUGUAGUCUGUUUUAAAAGCCGAAUGAUUAUUCCCAGAUAUAUUUUUCUUGAUUAUGUAAUAUACAUCAAACAUUUCUUCUGCACUCCUCAAAAAGCUGGUGCUAUUAUAAGGUUUAGCAUGUAUUCACUAGAUCAGGAAUAGAGGGGACUUGAAAACGAAAUGUGAAUAUAACAUUUCUGAGCUGGACAAAUACCUGAAUUUGAGAAUUUCCCCAAUUUGGCAGGUUUUGAUAAAAAAUGUGAGAUACCCUUGUCUAAUCCUCUUUAUGUGCUUCUCCUAUCCUCAGGACAAGACAGUGAUUUGCAGCUCUAACACAAAUGCCUCACAAGCCAUCUGUGAACUUGGGAACCCAAUGAAGAGAAAUGCUGUGGUAACAUCGCUGUUUAGUAGUACUCCAUAGUAUUCAAAUUACUCUCUGUCUCCCCUCCUCAAAUUCUGCCACCAUUGCACUAUCAGAUGCAGCUUUUAUCCUAAGUUACCAAUAUUUUUUUUUGUUUUCACUAAUGUGUUGAAAGGGGAAAGAAAAAAAGUGAUGGGUGCAUGGUGUACAAUCACUUUGAAUAAACUUGGCUUCAGUGGUAACCAUCUGCCUUACGAGGCAUUCUUAAAAAGGUUUGAUUGACAUUAAGCAAAGCUAGAGGUGUUUAUUGAUCAAAUGGCCAAUACGCAGUUAAUAAUUAAAACACUUUUUUUUUGUCGUCCACAAGAUUGCAAAAGCCUACAUUUGACAUACUGUGCUGUGUAAUUUGCAGACUUGAGAACGUUUCACUUUAAGUACUGUAACUUACUUUAAAGGAACACUCCAAUGCACUGUAGUGGUUGUGGUACCAGGAUUGCCCUGCGCCCCCUCCCUUCCAGUGUAAGUGUGAUCUGCAGAGUUCCAGACACCUAGUCUAUGAGAACCUUCAGAGCUCUUCAUCAAGCAAAGCCAGGAGGUGUUCAUUGAAUGAGAGUGAUCAGCUGAUGCUCUCAGCCAAUGGGCUGGCCAUUCAUGGCAGAGUUUAGCUCGUAAAGCUAAUGGAAGCUCCAUGAAGGAAACACCUGGCACCAUAACCACUACAGUAUUUAUUAUUUUUUUGAGUAAACUGUGCAUUAAAAACUACUACAUUGCCUUCAACUGCUACAAUAUAAUAUUAGAAUAAAAUAAAAUUCUGCAAACAAAAGUUGGUUGAUGGUUUAGCAGAGAAGACAAUUCUUUUUCUAUAAAAGUUAUGAUAACAUAUGUAAUGAGUUUGUCUAUGAUUUCAUGAUGCCCUUUUGUUUGUCCCUUUUUUUCUGACAGAUAAGCUUUUAUCUGAUCAUGAACACCCCAGGGAUCAAUAUAGAGACUACAGAUUUGGAGGUGAAACUUGAACUGGCCACGUAAGACUUUAGAUCAUCCACAGUAUAAUUUGGAGUGAAACUCUGCUGACAAUGGAUAGUUUGUUUCGUUAAGUGUGAUUGAUAUUCUUUUAUUUAGAAGACGGAUGUUUAUUACAAAUAGCACAGUUCUUGGUUUUACCGAAACACCCCAUUAUGCCAAUGGACAAGGAUACCCUGGAAGAGAAUCAAGAGACACAUUUCCUGUGUGUUACUUACACUAGUGAUAAUUUUAGCUAGGCAUUGUCACCACAAAGACUAAGGGAAACUUCCUAGUGAUUAUGAGAAACUAUCAACAAUGUGACAAUGUGAAGUAGACAUCAAAAAUGAAAUAAAAAUGACUGUUGAUAUCCUAUUCUAUCAGAAGCCAGGAUCCUCUCAUCCACAUACAAAACACGAUCAUGUGGAGGAGUUCCCAGGAACCUAAUAUUGGAGACUAGGUGUCCCCUGCCCUUUAUUAGCCAUUAAAGACCUGACAUGGUGUCUUUCCGGUAUAAAUGUGUGGAGCAUCUCUGGUUGAAGGGUGUACCAAACAAAACAGACAGGAACUACAUAGCUACAUACGGCUCUUACAGCUUCCUUCCAUUCUAUGUGCCCGGUUCGAGAAGGUAACAAAUAAUAUGACUCUUUGCCUCACCCAAUAAAGGAUCAAGAGAUCCCGGCCUUGUGUCAAUGACUCAGGUUUGUGGUGGUGUAAUGAUGGUUUGCUGGCACUUACAUGAUCUAUUAAGAUCACUUGAGUCAUCAUAGCAUAACUUCAUACUUAUUUUCUGUGACAGAAUUUGAACCCUAAUGCUCCAUACAAUACCUAUACAAGGUAAAAACCUUGUGAAUACCCAGAGCCGGUAUUUAGGUUAAACCAAAAUUAUAUCACAAGAAAUUAAGAGAUUUCCAAGAGCUAUACCAGUUUUUUUGAGCAGUAUUAGAAGAUAAUGCUGAUAUUCCACAUUGUUAUACAAAUGAAGGAGAGUGUUUUCCUUCUUUGGGUCUUUGUAUUUGUUCACCUAAUGCUCCAUGUUAAAGGAUCACUAUAGUGUCAGGAAAACUAAGCGGUUUUCCUGACACUAUAGUGCCCUAAUGGUGCCCCCACCCUCAGGGUCCCCCUCCCGUGGCACUGAAGGGGUUGAAACACCUUCAGUUACUUACCUUAUUCCAGCGCCGGGCUCCCUCUGCGCUGGUGACCUCUCCUCCCCCGCCAACGUCAGCGGAGCCGAAUGCGCAUACAUGGCAAGUGCCGCUCGCGCAUUCAAAGUGUCCAUAGGAAAGCAUUUCUCAGUGCUUUCCUAUCGACGCUCUGCGUGAUGGAGGCAUAAUAUGCCUCCAGCGUCGCAGAUGCACCUCUAGUGGCUGUCCGGAAGACAGCCACUAGAGGCUGACUUAACCCUGCAAUGUAAACAUGGCAGUUUCUCUGAAACUGCUAUGUUUGCAUCUGCAGGGUUAAAACCUGAGGGACCUGGCACCCAGACCACUUCAUUGAGCUGAAUUGAUCUGGGUGACUAUAGUGUCCCUUUAAUACUCAGAAAAAAAACGCAACUGGACUGCUUAUGCUUCAUAGUGCUACAGAAAUGUGUUAAACAACAGAUGUUUCGGGUCUGUGACCCGUUCUAAAUGCAUCAUCCCCUUAAUGUGCACCAAACACUAACCAAUAUACGUAAUGACAGUGGUUUCUUGCUAAAAACACCACCCAUACAAGUAAUAUACAGCAUUAUAACAUUACAGUAUGCUGGAGUGCAAUAUCCAUCAUUUGCAUCUGUGAUCAUCGAAUUUCACACAAAUAUAUAGAAGUCUUGCAAACCAAAACAACAGACUUUUACAGCAGAAAAAUCAUACCAAUAAGUAACAGAGAAAAAAAUGAAAUAUUGGUCACACAGACAAAGAAACUGACUCAGUAUUAAUUCUUGAGGUACAAUACAGGAAUAUAGCUACCAGAUUACUGGACAGAAGUUCUCCACAUGCAGCAGACUUAGUACGGAUUAUAAAUCAAAAUUCCUUUUUACUGACAACAAAAUGUAUACACUGGUCCUGUAUAGUGUGGGUAGCAGCUUAAAGAACCAGUGCCACUCUGGCAUUGCAUUGAGACCUUGUGGUGACAUUGUGUCCAGCAAGUACAAUCAUUUGACCUCCUUUUAUAUUCAAAUCUACUCCCUGUUGCUCCUCUCGUGUAAGGAAGAACUCUCUGUAGGAUUUGGAAUCAGAGUUGAGACACAUAUUGGUUUGUCACUCUGAAAUGCCCAGCUAAUUACCUUUUUUAGAAUGGGUUACCAAAAAUUGUUUUCUUUUGGGAAACUGACUUUUAGAGCUGUAAUUACCUGCUGUUCUGGGUUGGUAUCAGUAUGUAUGAAUACUAGUUAUUGCAUGGCAGUGGUUGCUAGGCUACCAUUAGGGCCAUCAGCAAAAAACACAGAUGGUAAUGCUUUUGAUGUUAUACUGCGCUAUUUUCUUGUGUGGUUGGCAUUUUUAGUGGGAGGUAAGGGGCACUGUCAUUAUUAAUUACAGGGAGGAUAUAGUGUACAUGGUGGAUUGUGAUAGGGUGACGUUUUUCUCAUUUUAGUGUAAGCUGGUUCUACAAGCUGAGUAUGAGUAGUUUACAUCAACACCAACAUUCCUAAGGAAUGUUUCCAGCAGCUUGUCAAUGUAAUAGCUACUUCUAAGAAUGAAAGAUGUUCUGGAGGCACAGUCUCAAAUGGCUCUAAUUAGCCUAGUUAUGAGUUCCAUGGUGUGUCAGUUAUUCCUGUCCUCCAUUUAUAUUUCUACCUGAACUUUGUUAUCAGUGGUAGUUGCUCAUUAUCUGGUUAACGAAAGAAAACCUAAAAGUUUACAAUAUGUUUAAUUAUGAUUAUCAGUUAGCACUUUGUGCCACAUUGUUUAAUUAACAUGUACAGUUGUAAUCAAAAUUAUUCAACCCCCAUUGAAAAUCAGGUCUAUUGUCAAAAGUUACAGACUUUCAGCAUUGAACAAAUCAAACAAAAGCAAUUUAAAAAUAGCUCAACAUAGCGAAUGCUUCAAGUAGUUUCCCCAAAUGCAACUGAAAAUGCAACUUAUAAUGACUUCUCCAGACUCAAAAUUAUUCAACCCCUGAAUAGAAUCCUACACAAUAGCACAAAUAUGCAAAACAGGUUUUGUUUCAAGCACACCUGAUACAACCAAUCAUGGGCUUCAUUAGUUGCACCAAGUGUGCUUGAGCUGGAACACUUGAAAUACCUGAACUGGCUAGGGGUUUAUUGAGUGUCAUAUUUGACUGCAUGUUAGAAAAGUCAAAAGAGUAGCCCACAAAGUUAAGAGUAGAGAUCAUAGUUCUUUACAAACAAGGAACAGGAUACAAUAAGAUAGCGAAGGCACUAAAUGAUCCUAGAGACACAGAUGAAAGCAUCGUUUGCAAGUUCAAAUUUGAAAAAAAACUGUGGUAAUACUACCUGGAGAGUGCAGAAAAAGGAAGAUAUCAAUGGCUGCAACCAGAUUUCUGAGAAAGAAGGUUGUGAAAAACCCUCGAGUGACUGGAAAAGAUCUGCAGCAAGACUUGGUGGCAACAGGCUUCAGUGAACACAGUAAGGCACGUACUAAACGCAGAAGGUUUCCAUGCCAGAACUAUAAGACUACUGACCCAAAAGCACAAGAAAAGUCUAAAUCAUAUAAAUAAAUUACAGAGGUUUUUGGAUUCUGUCCUGUCGAGUGAUGAAAUAAAACUUGAACUAUUUGGCCCAAUGGAUCAGCAGUAUGUCUGGAGGAAGAAGAAUGAAACAUACACUGAAAAGAAAACUCUGCCUACAGUUAAGCAUGGUGUUGGCUCGGUGAUGCUCUUUGCCUGCUUUGUAUCCUCUGGCACUGGAAACCUGCAGCGUGUAGAAGGCAAAAUGGAUUAAUUGAAGUAUCAGGAAAUCCUAGGAAAAAACAUCAUGGACAUCAUGUGAGGAAGUGAAGCGCUGGUGUCUAGCUAUGGAUCUCAUUUGCAGCAAGUCAUAACAGCAAAAGGGUGCUCUACUAAGUACGCUUGCCAUGACGGGGGUUGAAUCAUUUUGAGACUGGGGAAGUCAUUAUGAGUUGCAUUUUCAGUUGAAUUUGGGGGGAACCACUUGAAGCAUUCGCUGUGUUGAGCUAUUUCAAUGGCUUUUGUUUUAUUUGUUCAUUGCAAACAGCUGAAAGUCUGCACAUUUUGACAAUAAACCUGAUUUUCAAUGGGGGUUGAGUAAUUUUGAUUACAACUGUAAUAAUUUAAACAAAACUGAUUUAAUUUUAGAUUGAAAAAUAAAAAAAAAGUUUUUUGUAACUAAAUAAAAUGUACUUUGUAUUUUUUCUUAGCUUAAAAAUCACGUGUACACACCCAAAUGAAGUGUGCUGCACAUGCUUAUACUAGUAGGUGUACCUACUAAGAUACAACUAAAUGUAUGCAGCAAAUAUGUGCUUUCAUUUCACUGAGAUUCUCUGUGUCUUGUUUUGAUUUUGUAGAAUAAGUGAGCAGGUUAAUUUGCCUGUUGUGCGGGCAAGAGCCAACGUGAUCAUCGAACUUCUCCUUUCUUUUUCUGGGUAAGUAUUUGGCAUUAUGGGAAUGGUUAAUGUUUAUACACAAACUAUUUUUACAAUUAAAAAAAACAAAACUUCACAUCAUCUUGUGAGUGUACAUCUACAGCGCAAAGUUAGUCCAUUUGUAUUUUGACAUACUUCACUAUGUACUAUUUGUUUAUCCGUAUUUUAGAUUCAUAGCUGAAUCCCACAAUUUUGGUCUAUACAAACUAUUUUUAGUAGCAUUGAUAUGUUAAAUCAUUAAUCUCAAUUCAUAGCUUUACAUGAUGGUAAAAUACAACUAUAUAUUUUCCUGCUGCACUCUACAUAUUUUUAUAUCAUGAAUUCUGAAACAUAGCUCUAAAGCUCUAGUUUUUUAAUGUGCAUAUAUGUUUAUCACCGUUCUAAUUAUUAUCAUAUUAAUAGCACUAUAAAAAGAGUAUACAGGACCCCUAAAGCACUUUAGCUCGCUGAAAUUCUCUAUGUGUGCCCUCUUUAUUUUACAAGUGCAGAUUUCAGUAGAAAUAGGCACUUUUAUAAAUUAAUCUUAUUACACCCCAACUUGUUUUCAAGUAGACAACCAAACAUUCAUGUUACUUUCUGGUUUGGUUAGGUCAGUGGAGCUAAACUCAAGAGGCAGCCAAUUACCCAGAAUACCUGCUUUGCAAAGACUUCUCAUUCAGCUUCAUUGGCUAGUCUCUAAUUCGACAGCCACAGAAAGUCUGGGCGUGGUUAGAAGGGGAGGGCUUGCAAAGGCUGUAAACAAGUUACCUGUAGUGUUUUCAAUCUGUUUUUAUAAAUUCAGUGUUAAUGAAAUGCAUCAUUGUUUUCAUUGGGGGUAUAUCUACUAAGCAGUGGUUUCUAUUUUAUUCUUCGAUUUGGGCAUUGCUGUGUCCCUUUAAAACAAUGUAGAUUUGUGAAUAUAGUGUAUUAUACACUUAUGCACUCCAAGUGUAUGAGCGUUGAAACUGUACUGUUAAAAUAUACAUAGGUAGAGGUUUUCUAAGUGGUUAUUAGGUUAUUAAAUGUCCUGUGCGACAGAAUCUCAUCUUCCCUAAGUAGAAUUGCUAUCAUUGUGAAAAAAAAUGUAAACUGAUAGUUGGCUACUGCCAUCUAGUGUUAGUGUUAGGAAUGUGUUCAUCUAUUGUCCUUGGUUGUGAGUGUAUAUCUUUUUUAGGGAAGCGUCACCCCCAAGGUUGUAUUACAGUGGAGAAAUAAAAGGGGAAUCAGCCAUGGUUACUGAAGAGGAUGUGGGCAGCCCACUGAACAUUGAAGUGUCUGUAAGUAACUACCUAUUUUGAUCUGUAUUUAUUUUUUUGCAUCUGUGUGGGUCUGUUGUUUUUUUUUUUUUUUUUUGUAAUUUAAAUACCUUUUUUUCUUAAAUAACCUCUACCAUCAAACAACAUCCUGAUAUUUUCCAGGGGAAAAAAAUGAAACAGUAAAUUACUGCUUGGUGUCAGUGUGGUAUUAGUAUGGUACGGUAGUCUUUUUCUGGAGUUGCACAAGGUGUCUAAGAUUUCUGUUGACAUAUGUAUUCUUCAGGUGUCUAACAGUGGUCAGAAGUCCCUGCGCACCCUGGGUUCCGCCUUCCUGAAUCUCAUGUGGCCACAUGAACUAAUAAAUGGGAAGUGGCUACUUUAUCCAAUGAAGAUCCAUCUGCAUGGAAAGAAUGAGUCUGGGCAGAAGAUGGAGUGCAGUCCCCGAAAUGCUGUCAACCCACUCAAUUUGGUAGGUGUGAGUAAUAUAAAAUCAGUCCUGAAUCUUAUGCAGGAGGAGCUGUGAGGUGUAUUUAAUGUAACCCUGCACAAGUUGACUACACACCAAUCACACCAGUUUUGGAUCAAUCCCUGUAUCACCUUCUUUUCCUUUACUGCUAUGAAGGAUGAGUCCUCUUCUCAGCGAUACAACGUAAGUACCUAGGUCCUCCACCAACUCAUCUAAUAAUCACUGUUCAGCUUUCUGUCACUUUAUUAUAGGUAGAAUACCACAGCCACAACAGAUUUAUGCUUUUCACUAAUGAGAAGCAAGCACGAGCCUAACCUAAGUUUUCUGAAUUUUCCCUUCUCUACCUUUGUCAGACGAGAGUUGAAACACCUUUUAAGAGUGUGGAGAGCUAUCACACUCCCAGUUCUGCAAUCCGGUGGCCCCUCUCUUAUCCUGCAAAGAAGAAAGACAUAGUUCUGGUAGGUAUUGCACCAUAACUUCAUUAUUAAUAAUGCAGAAAAUUAGUGUGCCAACUGUUCAGUAAUGUAUGUCUCAAUGAUAAAAGCAGUUAUAAGAAAGUUGGUUGAAACAACUUGUUACAUGUAGUGGGUGGAGGUUCUCAGGGACCUUUUCAUUCUUGACCUGUUACAUACAAUAUGUCAAAGUUCUAGGUAUGUUUGGAUGUACAUGUGUGGUUAAUUUUAUGUUCUCUGCAUCUUGAUAUACUCAAUAACAAAUGUACAGUGUGUGCUGGUGUUUGUGUUUACUUACCCCCAAGUCAUGAAUUAGUUAGUAAUUUCCAGGAUGGCUUCAAGAUCAAACUCACACCCAGCCUUUAAAAAAUACCUUUCUUAAUAGGCCAUCAUAACCUGUGAGGCAUUUGUUUCACAUGCCCUCUGAAAUAACCGGAAGGAUUGAUCCACCCAUUCCUAAUGCCCACGACGUGGCCUACCCAAUGAUCUGUUACUUACAGUGUGUUUGAGUUCAAAUCAUAGUUAAUGAUGGGCAUGAUUUCUCGGACGGUUCUUAGUGGCCUGGCCUACAAUCCCUGUAUAGCAAAAGCCAAAUAUCUUUUUAUCAAAAGUUCUUUGAAAAAGUAAAAAAAAAAAAAGAAGAAGAAAAACCAAAGAAAUGCUUGUACAAUUUGUGAGCCAUGCAAUGGUCCUUAGUAUACAGGAAAUACAUGAGUUCUUCGGUACAUGAGCCAAGAGAUGAUGCUAGCCUAGCACAAGUCAUUCCUCUACUCUUAGUUCGUGUAUUUUUCGGUCUCUUUCGUUCUUCUGCCAGAACAAUGCAUAAAUUCAGGAACAUCUCAGCAGAUUUGGAUAAAUUAACAAAUAUAUGGUUAUUCACUACACAAAGAUUUGCUGGGAAUUCACCAGGGAAUUUUUAACUUUUAGCUAAAAUAGCGCGAAUUAGAAUAUGUCACUAUUUAGUUUCUUUAUGUACUUCAUUUUGCAAUCUGAAAUUCAUUGGUUUAUUCCCGACAGUUCUCAGUUCAAUGGAUAACCCUGCAAUAUAUUCAACCAAAUGGAUAUUCCAAAACAUGCAAGAACAUACACAGCCAUAUACGAAGAAGGGCACCACAAAAUAAUUAUUCUAAACAAUUAUAUUGAAAUAGAACUAAACUGACAUACAAAUUAUGCAAAGUACAAAAUAUAUGAUAUGACUUCUACAGUGUAGUCACAAUGGCUAGAAUGACAAAGGAAAAAGUCAAGCAUUCCUGCCAUAUCAUUGAUAAUGUUAUUCUCAAGGUUGGUGAUCUAGAACUGGCAUGACAUUUGGCAUUUUGGCCGUUUGAUUAGUUAUGAUAUAAGACCAUCUGAGUAAACAAAGAAAUAGCAGUAGUGUAAUUUUGACUGUAUGAAUAUUUAUAAUAUAAAACCAGCUGUAUCUCACAGUGGGGUGGGAGGGCGGGUUGUGUAAUUUGUGUUAUUAUUUACCAUCACCAUAACAUUUUCUGCCAGUUCUUACUUCUUUCCUUCUGUCGGUUCUUCUUCAGGACUGUGCUAGAGCAACUGCCAACUGCAUAGUGUUUCAAUGCCCUCUAUACAGUAUAGAACAGCAAAUGGUGCUAAAGGUCCAAGGGCGGCUUUGGAACAGCACUUUAUUAGAGGUGAGAUCCUUGUGAACAAAUUAAUGGUUUGUAUAGGCGUGUUAGUGAACCUCUUCCAAUUCUUCCACAUCCUUCCCUUUGCAGGAAUAUUCUACUGUCAGUUCAUUGGAGGUUAUAAUCAGAGCGAAUAUUACUGUGAAGUCCACUCUGGAGCACCUGGUGCUGAGACAUGCCACUACCCAGGUGCGUAUUCCUCCUUUCACGUCUAUAUCUGUUUACCUUCCAUUUACUGUACUACUAUGAUUGAUAUAAAUAGUAGACAACCAACCUAUCCCACUCCAUAUGAUGUUGGCUACACUGCUCAUAAUACUGUGUUGGCUAAAAGGCAGACAGGCCACCAUGGGCGAUAUAGUCUACUGAAUUUAGAUUGGCUGGGUGGUCUACCUGCUGGGCCGGCGCGUCCUGUAGGCAGAUUAGGUGGCUGCCUAGGGUGAUUCUUAAAGGGGGGUGCGGGCAGCAGCUUUACUGCUGGUUUGUGCUGCCCCCCUCUAUGUGGGACACAUUCUGUACUGCGUGCCAGAGGUCAUGGCACCGGGCGCAAGAGAGCACUUACAUAGAGGCAAACUAGUGCCCGGUGCCAUCAACCUCAGCACGCAAAGAGCACUGAGAGCCACCCUCCCCUACAUACCUCAUAUCCCGGCAGCGCAUGGGCGCAUCGUACGAUCACCCCCGCCCCUUUUCCUGUACUCUGGGUCAAGUGGGCGGGAGGAUCGCAGGGGCGUAGUUCAGAGUGCAUGAAGGCAGCCAGGCCUGGACUGGAACUCACAUAGAGCUAACAUUAAAUGAAGGUAAGAGGGGGACAUCAUGGUGUGUGUGUGUGUCAGCCUGUUUCAGUCAGUGUGUUUGUGUGUGCUUGGGUCAGUGUCCGUGUGUGUGUAUCUGUUUGGGUCAGUGUGUGUGAGGAUCAGUGUGUGUUUGUCUGCUAAGGUCAGUUUGUGUGUCUGCUUGGGUCUGUGUGUGCUUGGGUCAUUGUGUGUGUGUGUGUCUGGAUCAGUGUGUGUCUGCUUGAGUCAAUGUGUCUGUGUGUCUGGAUGAACGUGUGUGUGUGUGUGUAUCUGGAUCAAUGUGUGUGUGUAUGUCUGCUUGGGUCAGUGUGUGUGUGUCUGGAUCAGUGUGUGUGUGAGUGUGUCUGCUUGGGUCAGUGUGUGUGUCUGGAUCAGUGUGUAUAUCUGCUUGGGUAUGUGUAUGUCUGUAUCAGUCUCUGUGUGUCUGCUUGGGUCUUUGUGUGUCUGCUUGGUUCUGUGUGUGUGUGUUUGGUCAGUAUGUGUAUCUGCUUGGGUCUGUAUGUGUGUCUGGAUCAGUAUGUGUGUCUGCUUGAGUCUGGAUCAGUGUGUGUGUGUGUGUGUCUGGAUCAGUGUGUGUGUGUCUAGAUCAGUGUGUAUCUGUUUCGGUCAUUGUGUGUGUCUGCUUUGGUCUCUGUGUGUGCGUGUCUGCUUUGGUCUGUGUGUUUGCCUGGGUCUCAGUGUGCACAGUCUGUAUCAGUCAGUGUGUGUGUGUUUGUGUGCGUAUGCUUGGGCCAUUGUAUGUAUGUCAGUCUACAUAAGUCAGUGUAUAUACUACAAAUGCAAAUGGCACAGUAAGUGACUAUAAUAGCUCAAACACCCGUGUGGUAUCCCCUAUACCAACACAAAAGUACAUACAAUACAAACACAAUGGAUGGAGCAAUUUUGUUCUUUCCUCUUCUCCAAUAUAUUGCUGCAGAGAUAGAGAAAUAUGCAAAAUAGUAUAGACAGUUUACAAUAUAUAUUAAAGUACUUAUAUUUUAUUCUUCCAUAUUUUAUUUAUUAUCUUAUGUAUAUAUUUUUGUAAUAAAGUAGAUUUUUAUUAUUCCAUCCUCUGGAUCCUCUUCUACUUAUUGGAGACCAUACCAACUACAGAAGGGUUAGGAUCACCCCACAAUAGAUCCAGAAGUCAUCCAUACCAGAGCCAGGUUCCUUGGCUCUGAUUUUGUGAGUGUUUCCUUGCACUUUAAUAUAUAUUGUAAACUGUCUAUACUAUUUUGCAUAUUUCUCUAUCUCUGCAGCAAUAUAUUGGAGAAGAGGAAAGAACAAAAUUGCUCCAUCCAUUGUGUUUGUAUUAUAAGUCAGUGUAUGUCUGCUUGUGUCAGUGUGUGUGUGCGUGUGUGUCACUCUGCGGGAGUCAGUGAAUUUAUGUUGGUCACUGAUUAUAAUUUUGUGGACCACUGAGUGUGAGUGAGUGAAUGAGUGUGAGUCUGUGUGUGUGUGUGUGUGUAUAUGUAAACAUGGCAUUGUAGUGGAGGUGUCUCUAGUGGCUGUCAGUGUGACAGCUACUAGAGUCUUGUUUAACCUUUCAAGGUAAGGCAAUGUUUUAUUUUGUGGGGUUAAACCUUCAGGACCACUUUGGAAGUAUGGUGGGGCCAAUUUUUUUAUUUUUUUUGCCUAGGGUGGCAAAAAUCCCUGCACUGGCCCUGUCUACCUGUGAUAUGGUAUAGUAUCAGCAGCCUUUUACAGCUGUUUAUAUUUCCCUAUUUCUGUUGUGUCAUUUUUAUUUUGUGUGUCUGCAGAUCGUUCAUCUGUGAAGUAACAGCCCUUUAUUUUUGUUGACCUUUAUAGGUAACAUAUGAUUUUGUUUGCACAGCACAUAAUUUCAUUGCCCUGAUUUUUUUGCAGCAAGUGUACUCAUGUACUGCACCACUUCAUAGUUGUAGUUUUGAAUUUUCACCGUGAGACUCUUAAAAAGUAAUCCCUCCUCCUUUGAUUUUGCUGUAGAUUCCAGUGACACUGUAUUCAGAGCUUGGAGUGGCUGCACAUGGGGGAAUUCCUUGGUGGAUUAUUCUAAUUGCAGUACUGGCUGGAAUAUUGCUUCUCUUACUCCUUGUGUGCAUCUUGUGGAAGGUAGGUCCUUGUUUAUUUUUGCUUGUAUGAGUUAAUAAAAUGAAGCAAAUCAUUUCGGGGAUUUUUUAUUUUGGUACGAUACUUUGUCCAAUUUUCUUUAAAACCACUAUGGACAUAACAGUCAACAUCACAUGAACUACAGCUCACAGAAAGUGUUAUGUGCCCAUAAGGUACUGCUGUGCAAGGGAUUAAAGGACAACUGCAGAACUGGUAUUGAAAGUUAAGGGAGAAUCACAGUUGCUGAGUCACCUCCUGGUCAAUCUUCAAAUUCAAAUGUAUUGUUUUAUUCAUUUAAAAACUUUAAUUUAAAGGAACAUUAUAGGGUCAAGAACACAAACUUGUAAACCUGACCCUAUAGUGUUAAAAAGCAUAGUAGCCCACCUUUCAGCCCCUUUAAUAACUAGAAAACUCACCUCAUUUACUAUGUUGCGCAGGUCUGCCAGGACUUACUCUGCCCCCAAUCCGCCUCCUUGGUUGACAUCAUCAGAAUGGAUUAUCUCAGCCAAUCACAGUGCUUUCCCAUAGGAUAGCAUCGUAUUGACCGAGAUCUUCAAUUCUGAAAAUCAAUGCAUCUCUCUGGGAAAAGUUCAGCAUCUCCAUGCAGAGCGUGGAGACGCUGAAUGUUAGUGCUGCACAUUGUGCAGCACUGACCCAGGAAGCAUCUCCAGUGGUCGUCUGAGGAGUGGGCACUAGAGGUGUUCUUAGGCUGUAAUGUAAACACUGCCUUUUCUCUGAAAAGGCAUUGUUUACAGCAGAAAGCCUGCAGAGACAGGCUAUAGACACGAGAACAACUACAAUAAGCUGUAGUUGUUCUGGUGACUAUAUUGUUCCUUUAAUGUUUGUGCACAUAUUUAAAAGGAACACUCCACUGCCCAAAUACAAAAUAAAUCAUAAUCACUGUUUAGUAGAUAUACCCCCAAACUUGCAUGCAUUUAAUUACAUUUUAUCAUUGGAGUUAUAUAUAAAAACUGCCUGCAAAAACUGCAGAUCUCUUGUCUGCUGAUUUUGUAAGCCCUCCUGUUAAAAUCCCACCCAGACUGUGGUUGUCCAAUCACAGACUUUCCAAUGCAGCUCAAUGAGAAGUAUUUGCAAUGCAGGUGCUUUGGGCAAUUGCUGACUCUUGAGCUCAGUGCAAAUAAGCUAACAAGACAGGGAAGUAACAGGACCUGUUUUCUGCCUGAAAACCCAAGGGGAUGUGACCAUUAUAAUUCAUAAACGUGGCAAUUUCUAUUGAAAUCUGCAUUUUUUGCCAAAUGGAAAAAAUAGGACACACUCUUCACAUAUAAAGCUUUUCAGAAUGCUAAAGUGCUUUAGAGGUCUGGAGUUUGUGUUCCUUUAAUGUAUUUUCUAUAUAAUUCCUAAAAUAUCGAAAAGAAAGAAUAGUGUGUAGGCGCUUCACUGAAAUUAUGCUUCCCUUUUGCACCAGACAUUAAUAGUACAGUUAAAAAGACAUAUACCAGUGCGUACACCUCCCCAACGUGACUUCAAUAAAUUGGGAAAUAUUACCAAUAUGGAACUUGAUUGUAAUAUAAGCAUACGAGCUUGAUUGAGAUAUAAGCUAAAACAAGAAAAAAAUAUAAAACAGCAAAGUGUGGACUGUAUAGUAACUAUAAGUGGUAAAUAGAUAUAGAACUCCCACUCACAUUCUCCAGAACCGUACCAGGCUCUGUAAGUCAAGCCCACGGGUGCCAAGUUCUGGCUAGUGAUCCAGGUGAUUCAGGCAGAUGAGACUCCAAUCAAAGGUAGAAAAAUAUAUUUAUUGUAAAAAAUCAAUAAAAGAUAUAUACUUCAGGGCACUAUGGGGGUGGAACCCAAUACAGAAACUAGUGAAAUAAAACAAAGUUGGAGUUCCACUUACCCCUAUGUAUAGUAGCCCAGAGUAUCGGGAUACAAAUAAAAUAAUAAAUAACAGGUAUAUUAAAUAAAAGCAGACGCUUUUCGGCUAGCAGCCUUCUUCCAGUGCUUGUCUCUAAGUCCUGUUAGGUCUUAAUAAAAUAAACAGUUCAGUAAAUAUAACAAUCAAUAUUUAUUACUACAUAAUAAGCACUCAGGUAAUAAUAUAUCCACCUACAGUUCUGAUACAUUCCACUUUUAUUUCAUGCCUAUUCUUUUUGUAGAAACUAGUUAUCUAUAAGUCCUGAUGAGGAUGACAGUAAAAGCAAGAGCUUGUUUGCAGCCUAAAUGCUGAAUAUGUUCUUCUAUGCUCUCCCAAAGGUUAUGUUUUCCUGCCAAGGCUUAAUCUAAAAAUGAUUUGAUUUCCUUAGUGUUGGCAUUCAAUACAUUCUAUUUUGAGCGCCAUUUUUUUUUUUUUUUUAUGUCCUGUUCUCAAAUUGAUUUCCAUAAUGCAUAUUGUGUCAAACAUGUUGAUGGACCAAGUUAUUUUCCAAUAGAUUGUAAAUUUAACAACCAAAAAGUUCUGACAAUUCUACUUACUCUAUAAUCAUUUAAAGUUUCCAUCUCUGUAGCUCCUUGAUUUUUAAUUUGUUAAAGGUACACACUCCUCACAUUAACACUGUGUCCAAUUGUUCCCAACGCAAAAUGUGAAUUUUUCGUCCAUUUCCCAGAAGCAUUCAAGCUUCCCAUGAUACUUCACAUUCACUUCAUUUCAUCCCUUGUUCCAAUCAUUGCUUCCAGUGUGGUUUCUUCAAGAGAAGCACUGCAGAGUCCAAGUAUACUACCAACUACUACCGGGCACAGCUGGGAGUGCAGCCCUCUGAGGCUGACAGGCAGGCAGAGGAAGAGGCCUAGCUGGUAACACCCAGCACGCGUGUUCUUUACAUGUUACCAUGUGUCCUCUAUUCUAACGUUGACUUGUUGUGGUUGCAAUUAACCCAAUGUUGUUGUGGUUUUAUGUGAUUGAUUAUUUUGCAUGGUGAGAAAUGGCUGAUCUUUCAUUUUAUUUUCUCAGAUAUUCCAAAUGGCCCAUUAUAAUACUUUUAAACUAAUAUAAUACAGAUUUUAUGGACUAAUAUAAGGCAACUUAUUUAACUACCAAUUCUGUUCCAGUGAAGAUAUCAAUAAAGCUUUGUCCUGACAGGUGCAAGAAAUGUGGGAAAAUCUUUAGAUUCUAUCAGAUUUGCUGGUAUUGUAUGAUUCCUUGUUGUUGCUGACCAGUGGUUUAAUGGGGAUUACCAUAGACUUAGAAAAUUCAUGUAAUUUAGGAAAACAGGAUAUUCUUAGAGACAAUGUGGGUUAUGUAUCAAAAGUGUCACAUUUUAGGUAUUUUUCUGGUGCUUUUCGCAUUGGUGUCUAUUUAUUCCAUUAUAUGUGGCAAAAUAUUCCAUACUACUUCUAUUAUUCACCUGCUCAAUUUUGGUUCUUGUUUGUAUUUUUGGUUCACAAAUGUGUUGCAAUCAGCGUAUUAAACAAAAAAGGUGUACAUGUGCUCCUUUUAUUCCCCACUAGUUUUUUCCACCGCUGUCUUUGUGGUGGUUUAUUGUGACAAUUAAGAAACUUUCACACAAUUCCUUUUCUUUGAGUGGAUAAAAAAUACAAAAGAAAAUUGGCCAUACACACAAAACUGAUGUAAAAGCAAAGACAAUAUUUUUUCAUACAUGACCCCAUUGUAUUGGCCAUAAAAAGUCCUAUAACUAAACAGUCCUAUAUUAAAGGCAGUUUAUGUAUAAUGUAUAUGCUAUGUCAAAUCACAGAAACUAGAAAUCCAAUUGGACUGGAAAGGAAGCAUCACACUCAUUGCUUUUACUACUCUUGUUUAAAAAUGUUGUAACUUUAACUUGAAGCUGUUGUAGAGGUGUAUCUCUACAACAUACACCUAUUCUAUACUGUCUGUCAGAACAUUUAUUGUGAAACACAACACAACAGGUUUAUUGAUCUGUUCCAUAAUAUUUGGGUUUAGCUUUAUAACUCAGAAAUAGUCAGAUUAACUCAAGUUGUGUUUGUUCCUUUAUUUUUUUUUCUCUUUUAUUCUAACUUGCACAUCUUGUCUCAUUCUUUUUUUACAGUGUGGUUUCUUCAAGAGAAAACGUUAUCAGGAUGAGAAAUUGCCGCAGUACCAUGCUGUGAAGAUCCCAAAAGAAGAGAGACCAAUGGUGCGAGAAGAGAAGACAGGGACCAUUAAAAAGAAGGAUUGGGUGACAAACUGGAGUGAGGAUGGCUCUUUGAACAGCUCUAGCUAAGGUCCUCUGCUCUUUCCUCCUGCAAACUCAUCUUCUAAGCUGUCCCUGUGGCUGGAAGGCUGGUCCCUUUGGUUUUGGGCUGUAUCUAUUGUUUUAUUUCCUGUUGUUUUGUAUAUGAAGAUGUUAAAGAAUUUUGAGACAUUUUAGCCUAAGUUUUGAUCUGCUGUUUAUCCCCGUCGGUUCCAAAAGGUACCUCUGUGGCAUCAGCACCUUGCAAGGCUCGGAUCACAUUUGGAAAAGAUAACAUUUGAGACAGUUUUGCUUUUUAAUUGACUUUAAACAAUAAUGAAGACAGUCUGCAAGGAAAAAAAACAUUUUUGAGGAUCUUUAUACAGAACAGAUAAAUGAUUUCUUUGCUAUCUGAGAUAUGCAUAUUGUUGCAGCACUGGUAACAUUGACUACAAAUCCAAGGUGACAGAUAAACAGUGCUAGAGAUUAAAGAUAGAAAGAACUGGAGCCAAGUAUCACACUGUGUUCAUUCUAUUUUAUAAGAACUUUAAAUAAUAUUAUGCAUAUGUUUUUAAUAAUGUCAAAAUUGCCUUAAUAGCUCAUUUUCCAGCUUUUGCAGCAUGUUUAUUAUGUUCAUUUAAAUAUGAAUGGUUCAAUAAUUUCAAUGUGUAACAAAGAAGGGCCAGUCCACCUAUUUCUCCAAGAUAACGUGAACACACAGCAAGGCCAUCUGUUGUAAUUGAGAAUGCUUUUAAACUGGUUAGAACUGUGCUAAGAGAACUUUGGAAUGUCUGAUACUGUUUGAAUUGUUGUCACGUCCGCAGAUGUGACAUCAUUGUGACUGUAUUGAACUAUUAAGUGAUAUCAAAAUGAUAGAAAGCUGAAUAAUAAUGUACUGAUAAACUAUGAACAUAGAUGCUGGCAACCGGGGAACUCACUGUCUGGUAGCUCUCAAACUGUUUUAUAUCCAAGCAUCUUUGUCUCAGUGCUAGAUGCCAAACUAUGAUGACCCAACCUUUUUUAUUUGCAAGUAUUUUAAAAACGAUUACAUUAUAUAAUAAUAGUUCCAAUUAACCACAAAGCUUACCGCAGGUGCUAAAUAAUAUAGUCUCUUUGUCUGUUGUAUAUACACACAUUUGUCAAUUUCUCACAAUUUCACACUCGCACUGUCAACCCAACAACCACCAUGAGGAUCUUGUGGAACCAAAGGCUAGAACCACAGGUAAAGUUACCACUGUAUUAGUCAUGUCCUACAAAACUCAGAUGGGAAAAAAUAAGACCUAUGUGACCUCCAAAAUAAAGCUUUAUUUAUGUUAUGCUUGUAAUCUGUAUAAUGGUACACAAAGCAAGAUAGCCAGGCACUUUUUACACACACUCAGUAGAAAUGACUGUCUUGGUUAUCUGUAGUUUUUAAUGAACUGUAAUUUUGUCUGUGUUUUUCCAGAUAUAAAGGCAAAUUAUGGUUGUAUUUUAUAGUUUUAACAAACUUUAAAUCUUAAUUCUCUAAGAAAAGUUAUGCAGAUUUAUGAUUUAUUAUUUGUGGUGCAAAGGUCUCUAUUGUAGGAAACCCGUGGAAUACCCCUGCUGAUUGCUCUACUUUUGAGAUUUUAACUCAGAAUUGAUAUUGCUGAAGCCAUUUAUAUUGGCUUGAAUUAAAAGGCUGUAAAUCGUACAUUUAAGAUUUAAAGGGUUAAUCCAACCUUCCUGACCAUCUCUGCUUUUAAAAGCGGCCAUGGUGCAAAGCAAUCUGUAUGUGCAGCGUUUCUACUUGGAACAUUGUCUAUACACUGCUCCGGGUCCAGUUGCACCUCCGGCACACGUGACUGUGCUUAAUGCGAGUUCUGUGCAAAAUUACCUUCGUCUUCAGCAUUCACUACGUGAUAGCAUUGGAUGUAAUCACCUUCUUCAUUUGCAGACAGCACUUCAAGCAUGCCUGCAAGUAGAAGCAACUAAAUGUGUACAAUAAAAUGUGCCCCCUCCCUCAGCUCUCCACGCUUCCCUACUUGAGCUUUCAUUUGUCUGUGUUUUUUUCUUUUGGUUUCCCCCUCCCCAAUGAGAGCACUCCCUGCUUUACUACCUAAUCUGUAUAUUUUCCUUUAUUCCCUCCUUAUUUGUCCACCCCUUUUCUUUUGCAUGCUCCUUCCCUCCCCAUCUCAUUUCAGACCGCUGCCUUGAAGGUUGUGUAUGGAAUCAUGAGGUGGGCAGGCAGUAGCCAUUUGUCCAACCCCUAGUCCACAGUGCAUGCAUGGUAUAGUGUUCGAAGCUUCUUAUAGGGAAGCAUUGGAUUCAAGGCUUCCUUAUAGAAUAAUCUAAAUUGGCACAUUUACAUGCGCAAAAACUCCAACAGUGCUUCUCAUUGAAAAGCAUUUGAUUGGACCAAGAAAUGGAAAAUGAUAAUGCGGCAAAAGAAGACAAAGAACUUGGUCCAGUACUGGAUUCAAGGUAAGUUUCAAACCACGUUUAAAUGUUCUACAGCAGAAUAAAGUAGGGGGGCCCAGAUAACAAUAACAGAUUAUGACAUUAAAAGCAAUAAUAAUUACAGGCUAAAGUAAGGUAACCCUUUAACAUUACAGUGCCUUGUUAUUGCAAUGCAUGUCACCUGCACCUACUUCUUUGAUUUCAUCACUAAAAAUGCUAUCAGUUUGCGUAUAUCAUUGUUUACAGCAUAUGGGAAGGUAAGAUGUGAAAUGGAAUUAUUAGGGCUUGGAAGAAGUAACCGUCACUAGAUAGGUAUUAGGUUCUUAUAAUAAAAGUACAGCAGAAAUAUAAUUGGAUGCUUAGCGGCAUACUGAUAGAACGGACAGCAAUAUUACACAAGUGGUUUCCUUUGAUAAUUAGAAUGUAACAAUUUUACUGAUAGAUUUUCUUUAUAUUUCUUGAGACUUCACGCUUACCUUUUAGGUUUGGAAAUGCUUUUGAGACACAUUUUUUCACCAAAGAUUUUUCGUAAUUAAGAUUAUUUUCUAACCUUAGUAUGCAAGUAACGUUCACUAGCCGUCACAAUAUGUAAAGUUUGUACAUUCUCACGUUACCCAUUAGUUUAUGGUAGCCAAGUUCACAUAUAAUGACAUUCUGUUAAGAUGCCUGAUACAAGCAUGGAGGAACAUGCCAUACUGUUAUUUAUAGUUAACAUUUAUUCAUCUUCUCUGUGUUCAAUCCAUUGCAGCUAAGGAUUUGAAACAACGUGUUUAUUGCAAUUAAUAGCUGUGGUAUUUCCUACUUCAGAGACAACCAAUAAUAUUUUCUUAGGGGCCAGAAUGGCAGCACAAACCAUAUUUAUAGACUUGACUGUUUACUGGUGAGCUAACCACGAAUGAUGAAAUUAAAGAGAUGCUCACUUUGAUAUUGCAUUUGCCUUUUAUUUUGCCUCGCUUGGAGCUUACUAAACGACAACGAGAAUCAGUCCAAAUGUUGUUUGUUUCGUUGUGGUUCUUUAAAUUUUAUUUUAUCUUAUUCCAAUUUGUGUAUGUUAUAAGCAGAGUAUUAACGCCACUACACUGGAUUUGAUCUUUUAACUACGUUAUUUGACGGCUAAUAAUUUGUGUGUCAUGCUGACAAUAUGGCUUACGCAAAAACAAAUGGUUAUAUAAAUAAAUAUAUUUAUAAAAUAGUGUUGUUCUUCAAUCGCCUAUUAGUUGUGUUCAAGUAAUUCUCAUUUUCCUGCAAACAGAGAAUUUUCACAGAUAAACAGAGAAGCAAAUGUUAGCUAUAGGUAUGUACUGGUAGAAUGCAUAAUUAAUGUUUUAUAAUAGCCAAAGUAUUGGAAUUUCAGUGCAGAGUAUAUGUAGACAUUUUUUAAAAAUUAAAUAUUUAACAAAAUUUACCAUCCUGAAAAAGUUUCAAAGACUAAAGAUUCCAGUGCCUUAGCGGCCUAAUUACAAUAACAUGAGAGCUCACAAAAGUCCAGGUUUUGAGUGAUAUAUAUUUUUCCUGCCUAUUGUGUAUUAAGUAGCUUCAAAAU